AUGGCUUCGGCGGCGGCGGGUGAAGCGGAAGAGACCACCCGGCUGCGCAAGCCGCGCUUCUCGUUCGAGGAGAACCAGAUCCUGAUCCAGGAGGUGCGCGCCCACUACCCGCAGCUGUACGGCGCGCAGAGUCGUCGGGUGAGCGUGGCCGAGCGGCGGCGCCUGUGGGACGGCAUCGCCGCCAAGAUCAACGGUAUUACCAGCUGGAAGCGCACGGGCCAGGAGGUGCAGAAGCGCUGGAACGACUUCAAGCGCCGCACCAAGGAGAAGCUGGCCCGCGUGCCGCACUCCACGCAGGGCGCCGGGCCCACCGCCGAGGACGUCUUCUCUGCUGAGGAGGAGACCAUUUUUGCCAUUCUGGGGCCUGGCGUGGCUGCGCCGGGCGCUGGGGUCGGAGCCGGGGCUGAGCAGCACCCCGUGGCCGCCUCCUCGCAGCCGCCGGCCUCAGGAGCCUUGGCCCAACGCUGUGUGUUAUCCGAGGAUCGCAGGGAGGAUCGACAGACAGAUACGCCAACCCACAGCAAGGGGGGUUCCAGCAGCCCAGAACCCUGGGCGCGGCCCUUCUGCCAUCCCCAGGACCGGGGCUGCCCGCGGCCCAAGGAGCGUGAGUCCUCGCCACCCCCUGCAGCCCAGCAGCCGGUCCAGCUGCCAAGUCUGGCCUUGUCUCCUUACAGGCAGAUAUCCAGGAAUGUGCGGAAAACCAAGUGCGAAGUGAACAAUUCGCUCGCAUUUGACAGCUUCCCGGCUUCCAGCUCUGAAACCAUCCAAUGA